CCAUAAUUAUACUAUAUCUAACCCGUAUAAUAAACCUGGUAAAUUUUAGUUUUUAUAUUGAUAUUGACAGAGAAAUGUGACUCAACUAAUUGAUUUAGAAAUAGUAGCUGUAAUAUUAAUGUGCAUUUAAAAAUAAUUACCUUGAUCUGUGAUUGAAGUCUUGCAAAUUGGCAUUUAAAACACCAUUUAAGUAUCAGCUGUGGAAAUUAGAUAAAAUGUUGAAAAUACUUUCCUAAAUGAGUAUAAAAGCAAUAAUGAGGUUUUGAAUCAAAGUGCAUUUCCAUGGGUUGGAGUAUCAUUUGUUCUGAAGUUAAUUUUAGAUUUUUCUGUUAAUUAGCUGUGUUGUCAAUUUUACUACCACUUUUCAUGGACAGUUACAUAUUAGGAUUUGGCCCAGCAAUCCUCAGGUUAUAAUUCCAUGUUUGGUUAUCAGCUGGUUAUGCUCUUUGCUUAGGGAGUGGGUAUGUAAAUGAUUUCACACAAUGAGGUUUUCUGUCUCUCGUUUAUAAGAAGGUCAUGCGGCUCUAGGGUUUCUUUUUUCUGUUUAAUUAGCUAACAGGCUGUCUGUUCAUAAAUGGAACGUAGAGGUGACUGCAAACCGAGGUGUUGACUCAGUUUUAAGUGAACAGGAAUUUUCAGGCUUUCUGGAGCAGUUAACGCUGGUCUACUUCUUAGCGCUCCGUUUUUUUUUAACAUUUACAUUGUAACUAUAGAUUGUAGGAAACACCUCACCUCUUGACUUGGAUGGUCUUACAAGCUUUCAGGCAUAGUUGAGUUCACUUUAAUUAAAUGGUCACUUCAUGCAGUACUGGGGAAAUAUGACUGGUAUAGACAUGCAGACUUAAGUGGGUUCUAAUUUUUUUUAAUUAGCUUUUUGUUUAAAACUCUAUCGCUGUUACUUAUGCAGAUGAUAUUACAGAUAAUCAGUUUAUGUAUGUGUCUAUAUCUGCUAAUAUUCACAACAUUCAUUCUACUUUAUUCAAAUGCUUUCAGUACAUGCAUGCCAUCAUCAAUAAUACAGCAUAUCGCCAUAGACUCGCCAGUACAAUUAGAUUGUAUGUCUGUAAUCCCGUUCUGAUAGCCUUGGCAUUUUGCCAGGUACGCUGUUCAUUGUAGCAGUUAAUUGUUCAUUGCAGUUAAAUCUUCACUCCAUUGAGAUCCGUUCCUUUAGCAAGUAAUAAGUGACCGACAGCAAAACUGUUUUUCGUUAAAAUUUUUGGUGAACCAUAAUGUUUGAAGCAGCUUUGAACUUGAUAACUAAAGCAUUGAUAAACAUUGUCAGCAAUGACCAAAUCCAAAGUGAAGUUAUGUUGUUGCCCCAUUUGUUUGAGAAAACAAUCAAGACCUGAGGUCGUUUCAUUUUCCAGUCAAGCAAUUUUUAAGGCCAAGGCUUUACCCAGGGACAGUUAUACCCCAGCGUUUCUUUUAAUUUCAACUAAAGACAGCAUGCAGUUUCAUUCCCUUGCGAAGAAGCUCUGGAAUUGGUCAUGCAGUAAUUUGGUAUCAGCUGUGGGUUCAAACCUUUGUAGACUGAAAUGUUCGCUAUGUGGACAAAAUGACUUUAGGUUUUUCUCAGCUGAGUCAUACCCAGUAUUCACAGUGCCCUAUCUGUCUACAGUUUGCUUUGCCCGUAACAGUACAAGGGCAUGGUGGUCCAGGCCUGUAUUCCUAAGUCUCAGAGGGCUCCUCUUUUAACCACAGGGCUCCCAUUGACGAGAUCUCCCCCUUUCAGGCCCCCUGCACACAUGCUGGCACUGUAAUUUCCUGCUAGUUUAUCAUUAUAAAUGUACACUCUACUUAUCAGUAGAAGGUUAAAGGUAUUUACAAUAAGCAGUUGCUGAUGUUUGUUUAGUGUGACAUUGACUUAUUUGCCUUGGUCGGAGUGAAGAUGUUAAGAAAAACUGUGGUGGUUGUUGGUAUAUGAGCAGCCCAAUUGUGAUAUGAAUCACUUGUAUAGCUUAAAUUGAUAUUUGCAUUUAGCUAGGAAUGCUAAGCAUGUUUUGGUUGCAGUUACUUGAUUUGUGUUUAAAAUAGCUUGAGUUUUUUCUGUUUUUUUUUUUUUACUAUACUUUAUAAGCCAGAUUUUGGUAUGGAUACUGCCAUUGUGUUUUUACAUUUAUAAUCACUGUUGUUGAAGUUUUACAACGUACUAGAUGCAUGAUGUGAAAGGACCUUCAUGUUGACUAGUGCUGCAGUGAGCAAGGAAGGGAUUUUUAAAAUAGAGGAUGGCGAGCUGGAGGAUGGAGAGAUCGACGAUGAAGGGGUCAGCCUUGAAGAUGAGGCAAAAGAAGUGAAAGAAGCCAACGAAGAAAAAGAGAGAGAGAAGGAGAGAGAUGACAGGGGCCACAGACACUCCAGGAAGAGGUACAAGAAAGUGAAGGAGAAGAGGCGAUCCAAGAAGAGAAGGCGGGACAGGCAGAAGCAUCACUCCCCCUCCAGUUCAGACACUUCCGACAGCUAUGACUCGGAGAACGAGCGCCCGGAAAGAUCCAAGAGCAAAAAGUCCUCAAGCUCUUACCGUGACUAUGAUGGCCAGCAUGGGCAGUCCAGUGGAAGCCACUCUAAGAUGCAGAGGCAUAAAAACAGCGACUAUGACAAGUUCAGCGACUACAGUGAGGAGAAGUACGAGUACGACGGGGAGGACGACGGCUAUUCCAACGAGCUGUGCCACUACCGGCCAGGCAAGGAGGCCAUGGCGGCCGGUCAGGGUAAAGGCUGCCCUCUGAAGGAGCAGAUGAAGAGGAGCAGCAUGAAGGGAGUGCUGAAACAGCAAUAUCCUGGACCGAAAGGGAGGGGUCGGGGUGGAAUCGGCCGGGGACGGGGAAUUCCCAACAAGAACAAGAAGCUGAAGGGCAAGAACUGGGGGCGUGGCCGGGGCCGGGGGGGCGACCAGGGGGGAGACUGCAUGAAGGAGGGGCCCCCAAGCUUUCAGAAGAAGCGUCCAAUUAUGACGCAGGAGUUCAUUAAUCAGCACACGGUCGAACACAAUGGUAGAUACAUCUGCAAGUACUUUCUGGAAGGAAGAUGCAUAAAGGGUGAUCAGUGCAAGUUCGAGCAUGAACUCGUAAUUCCGGACAAGAAGAAGGAGCUGUGCAAGUUCUACCUCCAAGGCUACUGCAGCAAGGGGGAAAAGUGCAGUUACAUGCACAAUGAAUAUCCAUGCAAGUUCUUCCACACAGGGGCAAAGUGCUACCAGGGAGAUAAAUGCAAGUUCUCCCACGAGCCACUUACUGAUCUAACCAGUGAACUGCUGGAAAAGGUCCUGAAGACUGAGGAGGAGGCUAUGGCUGAGGAUGAGCAGGAGCUGGAGGAGCUGAGGAAACAAGGCAUCGCCCCCCUGCCCAAGCCCCCGCCGGGGGUGGGGCUGCUGCCUACGCCUGGCCCCAGCAGCCCUCAAGAUAUGGGGCCCUGUGGGAAGAAGAUUCCCUCCCUGUUUGAGAUUGUGGUUCAGCCAACUGUGGACCUGGCUCAGAAGAUCGGGCUCCGAUCCAAUUUCUCCUCCCCACCUGGCCCUCAGUUCCCUGGGAAUGGACCCCCACCCCAGUUUGCAGGAGGUGCGGACGACAUGCAGGGUGCUAAUAUGCUUCCCCCGGGCACCAGCUGCCCCUCCGUCCCAGCUCCAGGCUCCCCCAGCGCCAUGGCAUGUCCGCCCCACCCCCAUGUCGGACCGCCCAUGAGCCCACCCGGAGCGUCUCUGCAGCAUGGCUUCCACCCAGGACCUGCUAUGCACCCUCCAGCAGCCCCUGGCCAGGCGGCCGCUUUUCACACAAGCCCUCACGAAGAAGGCCCCUCACUGGAACAGCUGGCCUUUGACUGCACCCAGGCGUCCCAGAGCAGCGCCGAGUCCAACGGCUCCGUCCCAGUUCCAGACUUCCUGCCGGCCGUGCAGAAGGCCCUGUUCAUGCGGCUGAGCCAAAAGCACCAGGAGGAUGGCACUGCGGGCGAGGAGGUGAAGGGGCUCAAGGCCACGGGCAGAGACAAGGAUGAAGCUACCGGCUGGUACUCCAGCGAUGAUGAGGAUGGCAACAGCAUGACAGCUAUCCUCAAAUCCCUCAAGAAGCAGAAUGAGAUGAUGAAGAACCUGCAGCAGCCUAAAGUGCAUCAGGCCGGCAUCCCAUCAGUGGGGCUCUGUGACCCCCGGCUGCAGAAGCCCAGUGACCCUCGCACCAAAGUGGACCCCCGACAGCGAGCGGCGGAAGCGCGGAAGGCCGAGGAUGCCUCUGCUGACCCACGGGUGACACGGGACCCCCGCAAAAUGAAGCUCCUGGAGACUGGAGGUCCUAAGCAGGACAUACACCGCCACCCCCAGCUGUACCCCCCUGCCCCCUACAAGCCCCUGGCUGGAGAUGAGGAUGACGACAGCGAGCGGGAGCUGAGGGAGAAAGCGGCCAUCAUCCCCCUGGAGCCCCGUCCGGGUGCAGCCCUGCGUGAUCCCCGCUGUCAGCUCAAGCAGUUCAGCCACAUCCGUGUGGACAUCCUGCUGUCCCGGCCAGCCUUCGCUCAGACGGUGGUCUGGGCUCCCGAGGACCUGAUUCCGCUCCUCGUGCCCCGGCAGGAGCCCUCCAUCAACCUGCCCCUGCCCCCGCUUAUCGCUGACGCCCGGCUAAAUCGCAGCCUCGGCCCCCCUGUGGAGCCUGCCUCCUCUCCCCCACCCCUGGACCCUCGCUUGGCUGCUGCCCGCCUAAAAGACGGAAUUGGUAGGUCAGCAGGCCUCGCCAGCAGGGCCCCCGAGCUCAAGCCGACCCCAGAAAAAUCCUUGGACCCGCGGGCUCAUAAACCCCUGGACCCCAGGAUUAGCCGAUCGGGAAGUCAAGAUUCUAGGUUCCCAGUGCCCAAGGAUUCCAGUGGCACUGGGGGGGGCAUUGAUCCGAGGUUACAGCGGGUCGUCACUGGAUCUGCCCUAAAACCAGAGCCGGAGAAGCUCCCCCCAUAUGCCCCCAAGCUCUCCUCCAGCAGUGGGGGGCUGGGCAGCCCUACCUCGCUGCUGGGUGGGAUCAGCCUGUAUGACCCCAGAGUGCAGUCAGCUCAACCCUCGAGGGACGAGGGUGAAGAGCUGCAGAAGAAGCAUGGCGUCCUAAAGCAGCCCAUGAAGCAGGGAAGCCCCCAGCCAUCGUCCACGCCUGCCCCCGACGACAAGCUCCAGGAUGAUCUGUCGGACACGGGCGGAUUUGGGGGACUGGGCAAACCGUCUCGCUCCCCGCCCUCCUCUCCCCUCUCUGGGGCUCAUGCCGCCCCUGCUGUACACAACCUUCCCAUCCAAGCACUGGCGGGGCUGAUACGGCCCCCUUACAGUGACCCACGGCAGGCCAGAGCAUCAGGGCAGGCAGCAGGAGCACCACAGGAGGAUGCCGAGAGCAGCGAGGAGCCGGACGACAGGCCCCUCAAGGAUGUGUUUAAGACGUUUGACCCCACAGCAUCUCCUUUCUGUCAAUAAACAGACAGCAGCUCGCAGAAAUGAAUCAAGAUGGCUCAUAUCUGUAAAUAUGUACUCUAGCGUUCUCGCUCCUCCAUGAAACACUAUUGAGCUUUAUAUAUUUAUUUAUUUUAAAUGUAUAUAAUUCCUAUGUCACAGGCACUAAUAAAACCGAGCUCUUACUGUU